AUGGAUCUUGUCACAUUCCUGGUGCUCACUUUCUCCUCUCUCAUUCUCUUCUCACUAUGGAGACAGAGCUCUGGGAGAGGGAAGCUGCCUCCUGGCCCCACUCCUUUCCCGAUUAUUGGUAAUUUCCUACAGAUAGAUGUGAAGAACUUCAGCCAAUCCUUAACCAGUUUCUCAAAAGUCUAUGGUCCUGUGUUCACUCUGUAUUUGGGCUCACGGCCCACUGUCAUAUUGCAUGGGUAUGAAGCAAUAAAGGAAGCUCUGAUUGAUCAUGGCGAGGAGUUUGCUGGUAGAGGACACAUUCCAGUGGCUGAAAAAAUGAAUAAGGGCCUUGGCAUUGUUUUUAGCAAUGGAAAUAGAUGGAAAGAGAGAAGAAGAUUCACACUCAUGACCCUGCGGAAUUUGGGUAUGGGGAAAAGGAACAUUGAGGACCGUGUUCAAAUGGAAGCACAGUGUCUUGUGGAGGAACUGAGGAAAACCGAGGGCUCACCCUGUGACCCCACCUUCAUCCUGAGCUGUGCUCCAUGCAAUGUUAUCUGCUCCAUUAUUUUUCAGAAUCGUUUUGAUUAUAAGGAUAAGGAUUUUCUUAUCCUCAUGGAAAAAAUACACGAGAAUGCAAAGAUUCUGAGCUCUCCAUGGGUGCAGGUCUGCAAUAAUUUUCCUUUACUCAUUGACUAUUUACCUGGAAGUCAUCAUAAAGUACUAAAAAAUGCUAAUUAUAUAAAAAGUUUCAUGUCGGAGAAAAUAAAAGAACACCAAGAAUCAUUGGAUGUUUCCAACCUUUGUGAUUUUAUUGAUUAUUACCUGAUUAAACAAAAACAGGAAAACCAUAUUGAACAAGAAGAAUUUACACUUGAAAAUCUGGAAACCACUAUCAAUAAUAUAUUUGGGGCAGGGACAGAGACAAUAAGCACGACGAUGAGAUAUGCUCUCCUGCUCCUGCUGAAGCACCCACAUGUCACAGUUAAAGUCCAGGAAGAGAUUGACUGUGUGGUUGGCAGACACCGCAGCCCCUGCAUGCAGGACAAAAGCCGCAUGCCCUACACAGAUGCCGUGAUUCAUGAGGUCCAGAGAUUUAUUAACAUCGUCCCCAACAACCUGCCCCAUGCAGUGACCUGUGACAUUAAAUUCAGGAACUAUCUCAUCCCCAAGGGAACAACAGUAGUAACAUCACUGACAUCAGUGCUGCAUGAUAGCAAGGAGUUCCCCAACCCAGAGAUGUUUGACCCUGGACACUUUCUAGAUGAGAGUGGAAACUUUAAGAAAAGUGACUACUUCAUGCCUUUCUCAGCAGGAAAACGUGCUUGUGUUGGAGAGGGCCUGGCCCGCAUGGAGCUGUUUCUAUUCCUGACAACCAUUUUACAGAACUUUAAACUUAAAUCCCUGGUUCACCCAAAAGACAUUGAUAUGACCCCAGUGGUAAAUGGAUUAGUCUCUCUGCCACCCCCUUACCAGCUCUGCUUCAUUCCUCUCUAA